UAGAAGCGGGUAGGGUAUUCCCACACAGUGCAAAUAACUUCCAAUCACUGUCUAUGUUCGAUGGGCAUUCAAAUAAUAAGGCUUUGUAAAUAGUAUAGCACAGACGUUAUUACAUAGUAGGCUGUGCUUUAGGUCGGCUUCCUCUGGUUUGCGCUCGAGUCAGAUACCUAGGCCUAUUAUAUGUGGCCGAGGGCUACUUUACACGUUUACAGAAUUCCUCUAAAGAGGAGGGGGUGAAUUGGAUGCCACACACCUCCCCCUUCUGAACGAGCAGAAGCUACGUCCGCACUUCUCUCUUUCUGCAUCUAUAGACGGUAGCCAACGGAGAAGUCACGGCGAAAUCAUCCGUCUGUUUCUCAUACUUUAACAAAACACCAGGGAAUACGUUUAUAAUGGAGUCAAUAUUUGCGUUAAUAUUGCUCUGUGUAACGGGAACCCAUGUAAGCAGUAGCCCGGGCCCGUUAGAAGAUGUGGUUAUUGAUCGGUAUGACAUUCCAAGAGUUUGUCCCAGAGAAGUGCAAACGGGAGAUUUCGUUCGUUAUCAUUACAACGGUACCUUCACCGACGGCAAAAAGUUCGAUUCAAGUCAUGAACGUGGUGCACCCUUCAGUGGGCAGGUGGGACUGGGGCGUCUCAUCACUGGUCUGGACAGGGGAGUUCAGGGCAUGUGUGUCAAUGAGCGCAGAAAAGUUACCGUCCCCCCACACCUUGCCUAUGGAAGCAUAGGAGCAGGUGAUGUGAUCCCUGCUGACACUGUGUUGGUGUUUGACGUGGUUCUGCUCGACAUCUGGAACACAGAAGACAAGGUCCAGACACGGACCCUCAGCAAACCUGAGAGCUGCAAGCGCCUCGUGGAGGCUACUGACUUCAUCCGUUAUCACUACAACGGCACCCUGCUGAAUGGCGUGCCCUUCGACUCCAGCCACUCUAGGAACGGCACCUAUGACACGUACGUGGGCAUGGGCUACCUCAUUAAGGGCAUGGACGAGGGUCUGAUCGGCAUGUGUGUGGGAGAGACACGCACCAUCAUCAUCCCACCCUUCCUGGCCUAUGAGGAGAAGGGAUAUGGCACUGUGAUUCCAUCCCAGGCCACCCUGGUGUUUGAGGUCUUCAUGAUUGACCUGUUCAACCCUAAGGAUGACAUCGCCGUGGUGGUCAAGGAGGUGCCUAAGACCUGCACCCGUAAAACAGUGGUGGGAGACUACAUCCGUUACCACUACAAUGGCACCUUCCAGGACGGCUCUGGCUUUGACACCAGCUACCAGCGCAACAGCACAUACAACACCUACAUUGGCAUGGGCUAUGUGAUCCAGGGCAUGGACAAGGCCCUCCAGGGGUUGUGUAUUGGAGAGAAGAGGCGUGUCAUCCUUCCUCCUCACAUGGCCUAUGGGGAGAAGGGAACUGGAGACCUCAUCCCUGGCUCGGCCGUGCUGGUCUUCGACAUCCACGUUAUCGACUUCCACAACCCUAAGGACCUCAUUGAGAUCAAGGUGACCAGCAAGCCCGAGAAGUGCAACCUGACCAGUGAGGUGGACGACCUGAUCCAGUACCGCUACAACUGCUCCCUGAUGGACGGCACCCUGCUCUACUCCUCGGACCACUAUGAGAAUGCCCCCAUCACCACCCUGGGAGCCAACAAAGUGAUUGAGGGUCUGGACGAGGGCCUGAGGGGCAUGUGUGUGGGAGAGAAGAGAGUGGUGAUCGUCCCACCCCACCUGGGACAUGGAGAAAAUGGAGCCAAGGGCGUUCCCAGCAGUGCCGUGCUGCACUUUGAGCUGGAGCUGUUGGACCUGCAGAAGGGAGUGCCUGACGGCUACAUGUUUGUGUGGCUGGGGGACAGCCCAGAUCCCCUGUUCCCUGCCAUGGACCUCAACAAAGAUCUAUCUGUCCCUCUGGAGGAGUUCACAGCCUUCAUAAACAUCCAGGUGGCAGAGGGCACAGGUCGCCUGAGGCCAGGGAUGGAUGCUGACGGCAUCAUCAAGGACAUGUUCAACAACCAGGACCGCAACAGUGAUGGCAAGAUAGUGGCUGAGGAGCUCAAACUGAAGGUGGAGGAGGAUUCUGACAAGGCCAGACAUGAGGAGCUGUGAGGGGGUACAGUCGAGCCGGGCAGAAGGGUGCGGGGACGGAGAGAGACACAACAGACUGACAGACAGAAUCUAUGCAAUUAGGGGGUUACCAACUAGUGGAGCUCUUAAAUACAUUUUAUUAUGUAGAAAACACAGAAGGUUGGUGACAUCUUAAUUGGGGAGGACAGGCUCGUGGUAAUGGCUGGAACGGACGAAGUUGAAUGGUAUCAAAUACAUGGUUUGAUGCCAUUCCAUUUGCUCUGUUCCAGCCAUUAUUAUGAGCCGUUCUCCCCUGAGCAGCCUCCACUGGUUGAAAAUAACCCAAAAUGGUCCAUACUUAUUUAAACGAAGGACUGCUUCCAUGUGUUGUAAAUUGCCUUAUGAAAAUGUGGUUCAUCUAUACUUUUUAUAAAUAACUUAUUCUGCAGUCUUGCAUCAUUAUGUUUUCAAAAAAUGUUUGACUCAGACACAUUUAGCUAAAAGCACUUUCAUUGAACUACCUUGUCAGCCAUUUGGCGUGGUCCUUCUUCCCAGGAUGCAAUGCAGUUGGCUUCAAAAUGGCUGAUAGGAAUAAAUGGCUGUCUCCCAACCCUCCCCUUCUUCCCAGACAUAAAAAUGAUGUUAAGACUGUAGGUUGUAUAUUUUAAGAGUGGCUAUUUUGUACAAUACAAGAUUUUUUAAGUGCCUUGCAUUGUAGAAUAUACAUCACAUAAUAAACAACAUCUGUUUUUCUAAUAAAAACCUAUAAAAAAUG